GGAGGCCCCAUCAUCACGUCGGCUUCAGAGAACCAAGAGGGAACUCGCGGUGAUGCCGUGGCAUACAGUACUGUGGCAAGCGACCUUCAGCUCUGCAUUGGGUUCCGGGAGUGUGGACCCCCAUCGUCGUCGCAUCGGGACUAGCUCUCAUGUUGCAAUGGGGUGCGACCGGCUCCGCGAUCCUGAACAUCAUUCUCUCCAUUUCGCGCCUCCCGCAAGUGCAGUCCAAGUUGGGCGUUGGUGUCCGAGGCCCUUUCAAGUGCUCAGGUGGUCUUUCAUUGAAUCCGUGCUGGCGCGCUGAGUCUACCGGGAGACGAGCCCCGGCGACGGCAUCCCUUUAUCGCGAGGAACCCAUGCAGAACCAAGACACUUACGUGCUUCCUCGACGGGAACGCCGAGCGAGGAUAUCGUCAAGGACGAACCUUGGGUGCCCCGGGGAGGGAGGAGGCGGUGGUGCCGUUGCCUCCUCGAAUGUUAGCGUCGCCGCGGACGGUGGGUACGAAAUCCUUAAAGGAGAUACAGCUCUUCUCGCCGACUCAUACCGGACGCCUGUCGACGUGCUCAUCAAGACGACGAUGAGCUCGAGGAUGAAAACGGGAGCGCAAAAUCGUGAUCGGACGCGGGAAAGGGCGAGAGCGUAUGAAGGCGUAUCCAUUGUACACGCAAGAGCAAAGAGAUAAUAGACAGAAAGGUUUGAUACACCAGGAUCAGUAGACGACAGCGAGCAGAAGAGCGGCCAAGGCGAGAACGGCGACGACGAGGACAAGGUCCUGCACGCGGGAGCCGAUGAGCGGAAUCCAACAACCGACAGGAAGAAGACGUACCAAAGUGCCCGCGCUGGGCGAGUUCCGUGGCGAAAGGCGACGUGCCAGCGGAAUAUCGAGGAUCUUGAUGCUCGGCGAU